CAGUUCGCCGGUUCCUGUGGAUCGAGUCCGUGGACAUACUUUGUGCCGCGCCGAGCUCCCGAGACACCUUGUUUCGUCGCUCCGCGCGACAGUCUCAUCGUACCAAGUACAAAUCCCCGACAUUCAGGCUGUUGGAAAUUGAUUAGACAUACUGUGCUUCUGUGUCAUUCAAGUCCAGCACAGCUUUUCCUGCCGACCCGGAACGACAUACACUAAAAUGUACAACGGAUACUCGCAAGUUCACAGCAAUUACAGAUCUAGAGGAAAUCGAGAUCAUGGCAACCGUAAUGGAGGGGUUGGCGGAACUUAUUGGAACAGUCAACAACAGAGUCAAAAAGAGUUUGGCACAAAGAAGCAACAAAAUCACAAGAAGACUCCGGGCGAUUUACUGAAGAAGCCUAGUUGGGAUUUGGCAAAUUUGCCCAAGAUAACGAAGAAUUUGUACGUUCCUCACGUUAACAUCUUGAACCGAACACCUGACGAGAUCAGCAAGUAUCAUGCGGGCAAGGAGAUUACUGUUAAAGGCAACAAUACGCCUUCUCCCAUUCAAGCCUUCGAAGAAAGCAACUUUCCAGAUUACGUGAUGGAAGAGAUCAGGAAGCAAGGUUUUGCCGAACCCACUGCAAUUCAAGCUCAGGGCUGGCCAAUUGCACUCAGCGGACGAGAUUUAGUCGGAAUUGCUCAAACUGGUUCCGGGAAAACUUUGGCUUAUAUCCUUCCGGCGACGGUGCACAUCAAUCAUCAGCCUCGUCUCAGUCGAGGUGACGGACCAAUUGUUCUGAUUCUCGCUCCCACGCGCGAAUUGGCUCAACAAAUCCAAACUGUUGCACGUGAUUUCGGCUCGUCCUCAUGCAUUCGCAACACCUGCAUCUUCGGCGGCUCGCCGAAGGGGCCUCAAGCUCGUGAUCUUGAACGCGGUGUGGAGAUCUGUAUCGCAACACCUGGUAGACUGAUCGAUUUCCUCGAGAAAGGUACCACAAAUCUGCGCAGGUGCACAUAUCUGGUUUUGGAUGAGGCUGAUCGAAUGCUGGAUAUGGGUUUCGAACCACAGAUACGCAAAAUCAUCGAGCAGAUUCGACCUGAUCGGCAAGUUCUCAUGUGGUCCGCCACUUGGCCCAAAGAAGUGCAAGCGCUCGCCGAGGAUUUUCUCAGUGAUUAUAUCCAGAUUAAUAUCGGGUCCUUGACUUUGGCGGCCAAUCACAACAUUCGGCAGAUUGUUGAGAUCUGCCAAGAACAUGAGAAGGAAAUGAAACUAUCACAAUUGUUACGCGAAAUUGGGACCGAACGCGGCAGCAAAAUGAUCAUUUUCGUGGAAACGAAGAAGAAGGUGGACGAUAUAACGAAGACAAUUAAACGGGAAGGCUGGUCUGCAAUCUCAAUCCACGGCGACAAAUCACAGCCGGAGCGCGAUUACGUUCUAUCGGAAUUUCGCAACGGGAAAACUAUGAUCUUGGUCGCGACAGAUGUAGCAGCACGCGGCUUGGAUGUCGAGGACGUAAAGUACGUUAUCAACUUUGAUUACCCCAACAGCUCCGAGGACUACAUCCACAGGAUCGGCAGAACCGGUCGCUGCCAGAGCGCAGGCACUGCCUAUGCUUACUUCACACCGAAUAAUGCAAGACAGGCGAAGGAGUUGAUCGCAGUGCUAGAGGAGGCCGGUCAAGCUAUAAACCCACAAUUGGCGGACAUGGCGAAUUCUGUCAGGAAUCAAUACGGCAAGGGACGGCAACGGUGGAGCCACGUACGUGGAGGCAACAAGGAUAACAUUUCUCACGGAAGUCCUAGAAACAACAUUAGCCCGACAAUAAACAAUUGGCAGCAUAUGUUGCAGGCGAAUCAACAACAACAUCACAACCAAAUGGUUCAGGAGAAAACCGUGGCACGUGGUCAUCAGCGCAACAAUGGCUAUCAAGUUAAUCGGCAGAACAAUUAUCAACCACAACAUUCCUAUCAGCAGCAGCACCAGCAACGACAAUCCAUUACUGGCUAUCAGAACAGCUACCAGGCGACUAACAACACAUGUCAACCUACACAUCAGGGCGCUACUAGUGCGCCCAGAUACCAAGGCAGGACUGGAUACCAGGGUAAUCGUUUCCAAAAUAGGCAGAAUGGCUUCAGCGGCAAUCAGAGCGGGCCCAAUGUUUACUCAAUGCCGCCGCCGUUCAUGAUGCCGUCUAGUGGACACGCGGACUCUGGGAUUCAAAAUCUUGUGAACAACAAGUUUUUCCAGACCAACCGACCGCCGCCCAACGCUGGUGCCUGCGCAUACCAAUCGAUGGGCUACGGCCAGUUUCAGGCAGUGCCGCCGUACGGCUAUCCGUAUCCACCCACGCCGGUGCAGCAGUGACGCCUUCCACGAUGCAAGACCAUCGGGGU